UCCAUCUCCGCCGCCUCCUCCUCCUCAGCUCUGGUCCUGGGGCCCGGCGGACUGCGCGCGCUCCAUCGCCUCUCCGCAGGGCAGCUGAAGGCCUGGCAAGUGGGUGCCAGUGUGACCAGCAAUUGCUGCUGACAGACAAGAGAGGGUCAGCAAUGUCAGAGGUCCUGCGGGAGCUGCUCCGAGUGUCUGAGAAAGCUGCCAACAUCGCCCGGGCAUGCAGACAGCAGGAAGCGCUCUUCCAGCUGCUCAUCGAGGAAAAGAAAGGAGGAGAAAAGAACAAGAAGUUUGCAGUUGACUUCAAGACCCUGGCCGAUGUACUGGUACAGGAAGUUAUAAAACAGAAUAUGGAGAGCAAGUUUCCAGGCUUGGGAAAAAAAAUUUUUGGAGAAGAAUCCAAUGAGUUUACUAAUGAUUUGG